CCCCUUUUUGGCGAAGAGGGGGUGGUGGUUUCUUUGCUUCCUAUGGACUAUUGCCGGAGAUCCACGCCUGCUUUCGGACCGUCUAUGCAGCUGCUGCCAGCUCUCCUGGUUCUAUAAAAGUAGAUGUCAGGUGGAUCUAUGUGCCUGGAGGAACAAAGAGCAAGCGACGGCAAAGCGGUGGAAGUUUGAGCGGGAGGAUGCAGCCGGUCUAUUGGUACGCGAUGCUUCUGCUGCAGCCUGCGCUCUACCUGGUCACAUGUGCAAAUUUAACCAGUGGUGGAAAAUCAGAACUUCUAAAAACGGGCGGUUCCAAAUCCACAUUAAAGCACAUAUGGACAGAAAGCAGCAAAGACUUAUCCAUCAGCCGGCUGCUAUCACAGACUUUUCGUGGCAAAGAGAAUGAUACGGAUUUGAGCCUGCGGUAUGAUGCCCCGGAAACAUAUUCUGAGCAAGAUCUCUGGGAUUGGCUGAGGAACUCCACGGACCUUCAAGAGCCUCGACCCAGAGCAAAGAGACGGCCCAUUGUCAAGACAGGGAAGUUUAAGAAAAUGUUUGGCUGGGGCGAUUUUCAUUCCAACAUCAAGACAGUGAAGUUAAACCUGUUGAUAACCGGGAAAAUAGUUGAUCACGGCAAUGGGACGUUCAGUGUUUACUUCAGGCAUAAUUCAACCGGCCAAGGGAAUGUAUCUGUGAGCUUGGUACCCCCUACCAAAAUAGUGGAGUUUGACUUGGCACAACAAACGGUGAUUGAUGCCAAAGAUUCCAAGUCCUUCAACUGCCGCAUUGAAUACGAGAAGGUGGACAAGGCCACCAAGAACACGCUCUGCAACUACGACCCUUCAAAAACAUGUUAUCAAGAGCAGACCCAAAGUCACGUUUCAUGGCUCUGCUCCAAGCCCUUUAAAGUGAUCUGUAUUUACAUUUCCUUUUAUAGUACAGAUUAUAAACUAGUACAGAAGGUGUGUCCUGAUUACAACUAUCACAGUGACACGCCUUACUUCCCUUCAGGUUGAAGCGGACCGUGUGUCUGAGACUGGACCCUGAGGAAUAAACAAACAAACAAACAAACAAAUAACAUAAUAAAAAUAAAAAUAAAAGAGGUCAUAGGACAGGGCUGUUACCUCAAAGGAGAAGGCCACAGCUAUUGCCUGGAAUGUGUCUGCACUCUGCUGCUGAUGCCAACUGGCUGCAAAUAUGUUAGCAGAAAACCAAUCUCAUGUCAUUUCUGCCCAGUCAGCUCCAUGCAUAUCAGUCCAGUUGUAAAUCACUAUGGAUUUUAAAUAAUGCCGCACACAAUUUCCCUCUCUCGCUCCCUCUAUCUCCUUCUCCCUCUUUGCAGCGUGCAUCUAUUGAGAUUCCAGUUAAGAGGGCUUUCAUUGUCUGAUAUAUAAUGUUUCGGGAUAACCUAUCAUCAAGCAAAAAGGAUUAACUAGACAGAGAAUGGUUUCUUACACAGACUGUUAUGGAAAUCUCCUUUUAAGUCUUGAAUACAUGAUAAUCAAUAAUCCCCUCUCAUGCAUUCUAUCACUUGGAGUAGCUGUACUGGUAAAUAAUAAUGUCUAGGAGUAAAUGCUUGUUAAAAUGGGGUGGGCGAUGUGUGUGUGUCUAGAGUUCAGUAUUUCUCUUUCUAUGAACACAACAAAAUAUAGUGACUUUUCUCCAGCACAGGGUGGGCACAUUCUAGGUGGUAUUAGGUGGUCUUUUUCUGCAGAGGGAGCCUGUUGAACUAAUAAAGAUGAGCACACAUUUGGAAUUUACACGUCAACCAACCAUAUGAGUUUGCGUUUUGCUAGCCGUCACUUCAAACAGGUAGAAUCGACUGAGACCAACCAAGAUACUCUUCCAUCACCAUGUAGGAAGGAAAAUGCGUGAUAGGCGAUCUGUAAGUUGUAAGUGUCUGUCUUAUCUUUAUUACACAAUAUUGUAACAAAUUCAAUAUCCUAGUCUUCAUUUGUAUGAAUGGUUUGUAUUGUACAUAGUUUAACCCGUGUUAAUUGAGCUGCUUAUUAAUAUUAACUUGUAAUUGUCUCUCUGCUUGUUAUUGGUUAAAAACAAAACAAGGAAACGAGGAAUCCAUUUUAUCAAUGUAGCUGUAAACUCCAUUUAAGAAGACUGAAUUCUGUACAAAGCAUUUAUUCAGCUAAAGUAUUGUUGGAAGCUAUACACUUACAACAUUUACAGUCUGUCUGUAUUUAGAUCUUUUCUUUCCAGGUGACAAAGAUUGAAAUGUACAUAAAAAUAAAAUACUUAAAUUCGAGUUUCAAUAUGCACUCUGUAGAUGGUGGU